AUGGGUGGGAUAUUUUCAAAUUUGUUCAGUCGUCUGUUCGGCAAAAAGGAAGUUCGUAUCCUGAUGGUUGGUCUGGAUGCUGCUGGCAAGACAACAAUAUUGUACAGGUUAAAACUUGGGGAAGUUGUUACAACUAUCCCUACAAUUGGAUUCAAUGUUGAAACAGUGGAAUAUAGAAACAUUAGUUUUACGGUGUGGGAUGUCGGUGGUCAAGAUAAAAUACGUCCUUUAUGGAGACAUUAUUUCCAAAACACUCAAGGUUUAAUAUUCGUAGUUGACAGUAAUGACACUGAUCGCAUUGGGGAAGCAAAAGACGAGUUGUUCCGUAUGUUACAAGAGGAUGAGUUACGAGAUACACUUCUUUUGGUCUUUGCAAACAAACAAGAUCUACCAAAUGCUUUAAAGCCUACUGAGCUUACAGAUAAAUUAGGACUACAUCAAUUACGGAACCGCACGUGGUAUAUUCAAGGAACAUGUGCCACAAACAGUUCUGGUUUAUUUGAGGGUUUGGAUUGGCUCUGUCAAAAUUUAGGCGGCAAGAAUUAA